GUUUUGGGCCACAUUACAUAGCGUGUUGUGUAUAUAUAUCUACCCUUACUCCCAAAGGAAGUGCAUCGAUCCAUCUUUAAUUUCAAGUCUAGCCUUUACACCUCCCUCUGAAAUUCAGAGCUGAAGCAAACUUCGAUAUCCAUUUUCGUCGGUCGCUCUUUUCGUUUUCAAGUUACCUCCUCAGAAGCCAUGGGUAUCCGAUUGCCAGGGAUGGUUCUUGCAAAAGCCCUUCUCCGACGUUCUCUUUUACCUUCUGCACCAACCGCUAAUGUUCCCAAGGGCCAUUUUGCAGUCUAUGUUGGUGAUCAGGCUCAAAAGAAGAGGUUCAUUGUUCCAAUAUCUUACUUAACCAACCCUUCCUUCCAAGAUUUAUUAGGUCAGGCAGAGGAGGAGUUUGGGUUCAACCAUCCAAUGGGUGGUCUUACAAUUCCUUGCAAAGAAGAUCAAUUUCUCGACCUCACUUCUCGUUUGAGUGGCUAGUGAUCAUGAGACGAUCGGAACGCAGGAGUUUCAAAUUAAUUGAAGAGGUCAAUCAAGAGAAUUAACAGACAGGUCUGUACCUUGGUUGACAUUCUCUGCUKCAACAUCGCCAGAUCCCAAUUCUAAAUUAACCGAAGUACUGUUUUACAAACAAGUGGGAAAAGGAUACAUUCAAAGCUGGUGAAUGGAGAAAGGACUAGCAUUCAACCUUUCUCGGCCGGUUUUUCAGAGAAUGGGAAAAUUAUGCUCAAAGCUGCAGCCUGCAGGGAAAGCACAUUGACAUUGAGUCGAUCUCUUCAACUCAAUUUGCAAAUUAAGCAUCUACUUCGCCACUCCAAUUCCAAUUAAUUUGUACAUUACCAGGGAGUAGAUCUCCCCAAUACAAACACCAUUCAAUAAAUUCUUUUUCAUCUUUGUCACUGCAAAAUCUUUGUUAGUUCUGAUUCUCAAGGAACCGCAUAUCUUGUUUC